CCAGCCUGAGUCAGACGACAAUUUAGUAGAUCACAGACGUUGGCCGGCCUCGCCUCGUGUUUUCUCCCGACCUCGUUCGUAAUUCCAGAUACUGAGAAGAUGCACUUGACAUCCACUGUGGGUAGCCUACUUAUAUUCUGCCUGGUCUGCCUCAUCAAGCUGCCUCCUCCUGCAGUGGGCCAGUUUUGGAGAAAAUCCGUGGAAGAACAAUGGUCGAGUGAAACUCUGGCCAACCGGCCCUCAGGAAUAUGUUACGACGAAAAAGACGUGAUGGCAAUCAAUCCGGACUCCAGGAGGCGGCAGUUUUCGUACUGCUGUAAUGGAUACCUGAAUGAGGGGACGUCAAGGAAUCUAAGAUGCGUGCCCAUUUGCGAAGAGGACUGCACGAAUGGACUGUGCUACUCCCCUGGUCGGUGUGAGUGUGCUCCGGGGUAUUUGUGGAGAGAUGGAAAGUGUCGGAUAUAAAAUUAAUUCAGAAAGUUCAAUAAAUAAAAUAAAAUGGA